GCAAGCGUCAACGCUGUCAUUUUCUCUGAAUCGUUGUUGCAUGUUAGACGGCUGACUGGCAUUGUUGGGAGUCGAAUAAGAGUCAACAAAAAGCAAAAAUCAAACACAAUUCUGCAAAUAGUGAAGCGCUGCCUCAGUCAGUGGCUGUCAAAUCUUCAGCGAUUCGUAUAGAGAAAAAUAAAUAACAAAGUCGAUACUAAAAAAGUGAAAAAAACGGUGUGUAAAGUCAGACACAAAACAAAAUUGCCAGCUACGUGAAGGAUGGAUGGCUGACUUAAUUGGCAUUGCAAGUGUUUUCCAAUUUGUGCAUUGAAAGCUGAAAGUGCAAGUGAAAAUAUUAGCGAAUAUAGAAAUAAAAUGGCUACAGCGGCAGAGUGCAGCGAACUGGAUCCGCGUAUUAAGAUCGAGCUGGAGAAUCUCAAUAGUGCAACAGAUGACAUUAACAAACUCGAAAUUGAAUUAGAGGAAGCAAAUUCCACAUUCCGCAUACUGUUAAAUGAGUCGACACGCCGUCUGAAAUUAUCAUCAAAAAAAUUGGGCAGCUGUAUUGAGAAGGCUCGCCCCUACUAUGAAGCGUUGGAGAAAGCACGAGAGGCACAAAUUGAGUGCCAGAAAGCAGCGGUGAAAUUUCAACGCGCCAAUGAAAUUCACACCGCUGCUAAGGAAACUGUAGCCUUAGCGGAGCAACGCUUCAUGUCCAAUUCACAUGAGUGGCAAUUCGACAAUGCCUGGCAGGAAAUGUUGAAUCACGCCACACAGAAGGUAAUGGAUGCGGAAAAGCAAAAAGCCGAUUGCCAUGCGGAACAUCAACGGCGUACCAAGAUCUUCAAUACAGCUGAGCAGAAGGUCCAACAACUGGAGGAGCGCUUUCGUCGCAGCAUUACUAAAUCGCGUCCCUACUUCGAGGAGAAGCAAAUAUGCCAAGAUCAGCUGCAAACUCAAAAGAAUCGCAUACAAGAACUGCAGCAACAGGUACAAUCGGCAAAGACCACCUACUCUACAGCGCUACGCAACCUGGAACGCAUUAGCGACGAUAUACAUCGUCAACGUGGCGAUUUUCCACAAAUGGGCGCACCACCGCCAGGGCCGCGUGAACCUGGUGUGGGUGCUGAAUUGAAUUCGCCUACAACGACCACGCUGCCGUCGCUGCCCGACUUCCAGCUAGAACUGGAGAAAUGCGAUUAUCCCUCAAUUGCAGGCAGUCAGAUUUCGCUGAGUGGCAACUCGCAUCGCUCCAGCGAUCUAGCAAGCAUUAGCACGCAACCUGCCUCCAUUAGUCACAGCGUUGGCGAUGAAUCCGAAACGGAGGAGUGUGAGGCGGAUUAUGCGGAUAGUGUCGAGUUGAAUGGCGUUGUGGACGAACGUGAUCUCGAAGAGCUACGCCAGAAAGUGAAAAUACUCGCAGUGCGUCCCAUUCAGGGUGGCGAUGGUCAGCAACAGCGCAAUGAUACGUGGGAGCAUGAGUUGACUGCCACUGUCAAUAAGUUGGAUCAAUUGAUGUUGAUGAAUGAAUGUGCGCUAAAACAGCAGAAGCAGCUUAAGAUUAAACAUCACCAACAGCAGCAGCAGCAGCAGCAACAACAACAACAACAACAACAACGACAAGUAACUGGCGCUGGUGUACGCCCCGAUUCAUUGGGCGCCGAGGCACCAGCACAAAUGCAUGAUGUCGUACAUGCCAAACCGGCGGUAGUGGUUGAGGAAAUCGACGAAGAUGAUGUUGAUGUGGUUGUGGUGACGGGCAAGCGAGGACCGCUUGUGCAAAUCACACACGCCAAACCGCCACUGCAGCAGCAAAGCGAUGUCGGCGUGGUCAGUUACCCAGCCACACCCGAACAUGCUGUGCAGCCGGUGAAAAAGUUGCAACAAAAAUUGGGACCCUUGCCAACAGUAAACGUUUCGAUGCGCGAGUUGCCGCUGCUGGCGCGCCUAUCCAACGAAAUCCUCGAUCGGGCCACCGGCUACAACAAAGGCCGCCAAUUGCGGCGACGUUCGCUGGACUAAACGUGCGUGCACCAGUUGCAGUGGCCAGCUGAAGUGGGUAAUUUUAAGCGAGCACUAAUUAGCCAUAAGCGGGAAACGUAGUAAUAGCGGGACAGCGUCUGCUGUAUGUGUGUAUAUGAUUUACUUGAACGCAGAGAAAAGCAUUGCUUGGAGUACGUUACUACUACAUACACAUGCAUACAUACACGUACUUAUAAGCGUAUACCUAUAUUUGUGAAAUAUUUAUUUUUGUGCAAAAAAAUAAGAAUUAAAAAAAAAGUUGCAAUGGAUACAUUCGCAGUUAAAAUUGUUUACCAUGUAAAAGUGAAAAUCAGUGCAAAAUCAAAUGUAAUAUUUAUUUGAGAUAUUGUAAAAGUAAAUAAAGAUAUAAUUAAUUGUAUUUCUAAUUGUUUAUGUAGGUACACAAAUCAUUUAAAAUAAACUAAAAGUGCAAAUUUCCAAUUAUAAAUAAAGAAAUAAAAGUGAAAUAAAUUUAAAAAAUAUGCUUAAAAUAAAUUAUAAUAAAUAAUUGAAAAUAAAAUGUAUGUUAAAAAAAAGAAAAAAUUCAGCCAAUAGUUCCAUCGCACAUAAUGUAACUGAAUAGGUUUACUAGAAAAAUGGCAUGACAUUUGGGUCUAUGGUACUUGAACGAGAUUCCCCGACUGUUACAUCGACAAGAAUUUAUGGGAUAUUUUUUACCUACUCCAAUAACUGCAGCAGCAGCAAGAUGGUUAAUUAAAUGCUAAUGAACAGUUGGAAGAGUAGUAGCAAGCUUAACACGUUGAGCGUGACUACUGGGGACCGGCGCUGAUCUUUCCCCGUGACCGGCUUCGGUGCCUGAGGAUCGUCGUUACACUUUUCGUGGGACCCACAGCAUUAAAGUUAAAAGAUAAAUGUAAUCUGAAUGAAUCUAGUCCAAUAUAUUAUACUUUUAAUGAACUUUAUUGAAUCAUUCUAAGCAAAAGUGUGGCUGGAAUUUGCACAUGUAACAAAAUCCAACAACUUUUUUUUGUUAAAUUCUUGGCUUUCUUAAACCCAAAUAAUCUUGAAUUUUCAUCAUAACAGCUAGAAUGACUUUAUGGACGGCUGCUUCCUGUAAUUUUUCUGUAAUUUAUGAACAAUUUUUUCCUCCCGAAGUGGAAUUUGUUCAUCAGCUCGCUGUGUCAGUCCAUUUGCCAAUUGUCUUCGAAAUUCCGUAACUGAUAUUUUUUCUCCGGUUACUUUUUGAAAGAGGAACAGUGAAUUGAUCGCUGAUAAUAUUGCAUUAUCGCAUACUUAGAGAACGACCGCUUUCUACCGGACGAGGGAAAAGAUCAGAAAUAUCGACGACGCCGCGCUCCAAGUGUUAAGGAAGAACAUCGUCAAUUUCAUUGGGAACUUUUUUUAUUUGCUUUCCGAAAAGCGCACAGAACUCUGUGUUGGAUGUUAUAACAGAUAAAUGUCCGCUUAUUCAGAAUGUGCGCUGCAUUGGGAAAUAUCCUCAAACGAUCAAGUCCUUAGACCAAGUGACCUAACUUGAAUUUAAAUGAGUCUCUCAAAACAGCACGUUUACUGGACCUACUCUGGACCCUACACCAAAAAAGCAGUUUUCGCUUCUGGCUCUACGCGCAUUAUAUCUGGUCAAGUGCUGUCACUGGGAUAAAGUUCCACUUUGGGAGUUUAAGGAAUGGAGUAACGAACUAGGAACUAUCACUCUUCUUGCAUAACGCUUUGCACACAGCUUUUAACGAAUAUUCCUGGAAUAGAUAAGCGUGUCGUUUCGGUAGCUUAGACCCGCCUAUAGUUUGAGAGAGAUGAUUUAAGAGGAAAAUUCGCCAGUGUAAAUGGGAUUUAAGGUUAGAAAGGCACUGCGUAAGUGAAAGGCUCAAUGUCUUGAAUAAAAGCGAAACUAUAUAUUUAAACUCUACAUCACUAAUGUUAGAUAUGAACAAUUUGUGAAAACAAAAAAUAAUACAUUUGCUUUAAAUAUGUCAUUAUUUAGGAAUAUUAAAUGAAGAAAAUUUUGGAAAGAAUUAAAAAAAAAAUUAAACAACUAAAUGCUUGGAAAAAUAUAUAUGUAUAUACAUGUAAACUGUUUCAAUGCACCUAUGUAUUGAGAAGAGAAAAAACACAUUUAAAUAAAUUGUGUGUUAAACUAAUGAAUCAUAUCAAGCGAGUCAGCAUUUUCCUUUUCACUCGGAUUUACGUGUCUACAGUUUUUAAUAAUAAAAAAGUGUAUUUGUAUAGAUUCAUAAUAAGUUUUUUCUAAAAACGGUCCCCGUCGGUAGACAUAUGUAGAUGACCUCCAAGCGCAGUGUUGCCAGUGUUGUUGUUUUUUUACAAAAGAUAAUCCCUACGGAGGGCGCACAAAUUUGAAGGAAGCUUCAUUUGUGAAAAAAUUAAUACAUGCACACUUAUAUGUAUAUAUAUGUGAAGGUUAUAUGAGUUACACUAUUAUUGUUGUUAAUAAAAUUAUGUAUCGGGUGUUUUUUUUUAGCUGCAUGAGAACCAACAUCGAUAUCGAUAUCAACUAUGAUAUGACAGCUGAGAAUGGGAAACUGUGGCGAAAUUUCCGUUCAGUAAGGUUUGGCAAGCCAGCAUGAAGCGGUUAACACCAGAACAGCGCUUACAAAUUAUGGAAAUUUUCUUUGAAAAAAAAAAAAAAUAAUAAAAAUUGUGCGAGGUUCAUAAGGCACAGGUGACAAAAUCCGUUCUUAUUUCUUUAGAAAUGAGGAAGAAGUUGUCAUUACGGUGAAUGGCGAGCGUUAGCGGGCCACGUUGACUAUUUUUUCCCCCAAAAAUUAAUCAGCUAAAUAUCGACGACAUUUGGUCCCAAUAAAAUGGCGCAAUUUGCCAUACAGCGCGCUUAACAAUCGAUUUAUUGCAAUAUUCAGUACGGUCAUAUGUAUUGGAAAAAGUAGUCAAAAAUUUGACUGAUCGAGCGGACCCUGUACAUGAACAUAUGACGGAUAUAAUUAACAAACCAUAAAUGCCAUGAAAUUAUCUACCAGAUUAUAAUAAAAAAAAUUAUUCAACAAUGUUUCUAUUUUGUAUUAUCAUUUUAAGUUCACAAGCACUUAAAAAACACCCGACAUAUUGAAAAAAUAAAUAAAAAUAAAAAUCACCUAGCUUUCUUUAUAUAAUUUUUAUUACUAUUUGGUAAAUUCAGUUCAAAUUUGUGUAGAUUUUCUUCUGCAAUCUUCAAACAUAUGAAGCAGAAUUUAAUGCAAACGAGCACUAGAAAUAAUAAUAAUUUAUCCUGAAGAAUCACUUUAAUAUUUCGAAAAAAAUUACCAAGAAUAUCAGUACUCGUAUAAUAAAACAAUAAAAUAAAAAAAUUAUAAGCUCGUUCUUAAGAAAUCAAAUAUUUUUUGCUUGAGUUUACUUAUACACCAUAAAAAUUAAUGAUAUAAACUAACAACAAAUCGUGUGAUAAUUUGUAUUAAAAUAAAAAUGUCAAUGGAUGAUGGCAAGCUUUUUGUCUGAACAACUAAACAUUAUAAUAAUAGCUAUGAAUGGAUUUUAAUAAUAUGUAAAUAAAAUAGUAAAAAAAAAACGAUUUAGAUUUCAAAAAAAGAAAAAAAUACCUGUAUUUCUAUGCUACACUACAAUGCUUGCUUAAGAAAUAAUGAACACACACACCCAUACAUUCACAAGUGUUUCAGCAUUUUAAAGCAUGUAUUAAAUAUGUAUGUAAUAUUAGAAAUUAAGUAUAAAAUGUAUAAUGCGAAUGAGAGAGAGCACUUGAAAUGUUUGAAUUUAAGCCUACAAAUAGAAAAUAAAAAUCGAAUAAACCAUAGGAAUAUAAUAAAGUA